AUGGAUUCAUGCACAAAGGAAUUUUAUGAUAACCUUUUAACAUAUUUUAUCAAUUACGACCUUUCAUCAUUUAAUGUACGAAUCAUACCGAUGACUGAAGCCAAACAAGAUUUAAUAGAAUUAUCAACAAAUCCUUUAGAUGAAUGGAUAAAUACACAUUAUGAUGAAUUGUGUGCAGGUAUGACGUGUAAAAAUGCUCUAUUCUGCAAACCAUCAGACAUGAAAGACAAGAAUUUCCAAAUGAGCAUUAAGGAUAAAUGUGAUAGGAAACAGGUAAGAAUAGAUGGUAAACAAACAUGGUGUUAUGUUUUGAAAGAAGAAAUGAAAGGAUUAUAUAAACAGGUUGAACCAAACGAUAACGAGGAUUCAUUUACUGACGAUGAAAUACCUGUAAAUGAAGCUUUAUAA